GGGCGCCGCCGCCUCCUCCUCCAUGGCUGUUUACCCGGCUGCAUUGUGGGAGUUUGACCUCCGCCGCCGCCAACCGCCGCCUCAGCUUGCGCCGCCGCCGCCGCCGCGCACGCCAUGGGAGCCGUGACUGACGAUGCUGAACUUAGAUGGCAUCACCAACUCAAUGAACAUGAAUUGGAGCGAGCUCUGGGAGAUUGAAGAACAGGGAAGCCUGGCGUGCUGCUGCCACCGGGUUGCAAAGAGCUGGACACGACUUAGUGACUGAACGGCACCAACUGAACUAUAAAUGUUAUCCCUAGAAGCAUCAUCUCUGCAUGGACAAGUGGAGGUCCUGGGAAACGAAGUCAUACGGAAGCGUCUCCUAAUCGAUGGAGAUGGUGCUGGAGAUGAUCGGAGAAUUAAUCUGCUGGUGAAAAGUUUCAUUAAAUGGUGCAACUCAGGAUCUCAGGAAGAGGGAUACAGCCAGUACCAACGUAUGCUGAGCACACUGUCCCAAUGUGAAUUUUCAAUGGGCAAAACUUUGCUGGUAUAUGAUAUGAAUCUCAGAGAAAUGGAAAAUUAUGAAAAAAUUUACAAAGAGAUAGAAUGUAGCAUUGCUGGAGCCCAUGAAAAAAUUGCAGAGUGCAAGAAGCAAAUUCUUCAAGCAAAACGAAUACGAAAAAACCGGCAAGAAUAUGAUGCACUGGCAAAAGUGAUCCAGCAUCAUCCAGACAGGCAUGAGACAUUAAAAGAACUAGAGGCUCUGGGAAAAGAAUUAGAACAUCUUUCACAUAUUAAAGAAAGUGUUGAAGAUAAGCUGGAAUUGAGAAGGAAACAGUUUCAUGUUCUUCUUAGUACCAUCCAUGAACUUCAGCAAACACUGGAAAAUGAUGAAAAGCUCUCAGAGGUAGAAGAAGCUCAAGAAGCAAGCAUGGAGACUGAUCCUAAACCAUAGCCCAAGGAAUCACUCUCCAUUCCCAAGAAUGUUGAAGUAGCAGCGUGAUCUCAGUGUGUUUAGAAUCUGUUGUGCUCUCGAGAUAUGUAAAGUUUUGGCAGUGAACUAUUUUGCUUUUAAAUGUUAAUGCAGAGUUCAUUCAUAUUUCUUCACACAAAGGAAGAUGACUUCAUUAUAUAUUUGUUUUUACUGAAAUGUCUUUUUUGUAUUUAAAAGGUGGGAAGCAACAUCCAAAAUAAAUGUUGAAUAAAAUGUUUUCAAGCCAAAUAUGUUUGUGCUCAUUGGCAUUCUAGAUAGUUUUUAAUUGGUAACAUUGAUUUGCUCACAAAAUAAAUGGAAGAUAGUGAGAAGGUGGCACUUCUGGGAUGUACAUGAGAAAAUGAGUCAGUUUCUGGAAAUUGUUACCACUUUUGAAAAUGGAGACCAUGAACAGGCUCUCAGGAGAGCUGUGAACUUGUGAAAUUACGUACAGAAUGUUUGUGGUGUAUGCUUACUGUGGGAGAGGUUCUAUGAUAAGAAUCACUGGGCUAAGAAGUAAUUAUAAGAUGCAAAGACAAUCAAUAUGUAUUACUUUCUAGAUCUCUGUCCUUAAUACUUGAGAUAUAUGGUUGGUAAAUGUUUUGGUAAAACAUUUUCUCUCCAUUGUUUUCUUCUGUAGGAGUCAUUUUCAAGAGUCUUGCAAGAAAGGAUUUCAUGAUCUUUUUAUAAAUUUAAACUAAGUCUGAAUCACAUGUACUUUUCUUAAGGAUUGAAUUAUAUGUCUAAUACUUGCUAGGUUCCAUCCUUAUCCAUUCAUUUUAGUUCAGAAACAUGACACUUUGCAUGAAUCAUACCUUAAUAAUGUUACAUUUUUGUAAUUUUAAUAAGAACUCUUCUCUUUAAAAACAAAGGUUUAAAGUUAGCUUAAUAGUAGUCACAGUGAAAGUGUCAAAAUACCUUUAAGUGCUUCCUCUAAUUUCAUCUGGCAAAUCAUGGAAGAAAUUUCUUUGUAGAAUUGGUAUGC